AUGGCCAAAGAAGGCGCGCACGAGAAGUUGGAAAAGGUGCUGGUAAAGUGGUUGCUUCAGGCGCGGAGCUCCGCCAUCAAUAUUGACGGCGCCAUCCUCAAGGAGAAGGCCGACCUCGUGGCGUUGCGCCUUGGCAUUGACGGUUUCAAGGCGUCGAACGGAUGGUUAGAUCGUUUCAAAAAGCGAAAUAACAUCGUCUACAGCCGCUCCUGUGGAGAAAGUUCGACAGUAGACGUUUCCACAGUGCAGGAGUGGAAAGAAACACUGCCGGACUUGAUCGCGGCAUACAAGCCUUGUGACGUUUUCAACGCGGACGAGAGUGGUAUUUUUUAUAACAUGCAACCUGAGCAGACUCUCACCUUCAAGGGUGACAGCUGCCACGGAGGGAAGCGCAGUAAGGAGCGCUUGACGGCUCUGUUUUGUGCCAACGAAGACGGGUCCGAGAAGCUGCCGGUGCUCGUUAUAGGCAAAUUUGGCAAGCCACGGUGCUUUAAGAAUAUUCGGACGCUGCCGUGCAGCUACGAUUUCAACAAAAAGGCGUGGAUGACGUCCUCUAUUUUCACCAACUUUCUGCAGCGGCUGGACAACAAAAUGGGUGCGAAGGCGCGAAAAAUUCUUUUUAUGGAUAACGCACCAUGCCACCCACCUGACACGACCAGCCUGCGGAAUGUCAAGGUGGUGUUUCUACCGCCAAACUGCACAAGCUGUCUGCAGCCACUGGAUGCCGGAAUCAUCAAGUGCGUGAAGCAGGGCUACAGAAAGCAGCUUGUGCAGCGUCGGCUGGCGGCAAUGGAACGCAGCGAGGAGGAAAAGAUCUCCGUGCUCGACGCUAUGCACAUGAUCGCCAAUGGCACAGCAGAAGCUGUUGUAGACGAUGCGUUCGCAGAAUGCGACGAACUCGACAUGGCCAUGAAUACUGUUGGUGCCAACAGAAUAGCAUACAGUGAUUACUGUUCUGUUGAUGACGCUUUUGUCACCUCCGCGGUGUUAUCUGUUGACGACGUUGUGGCCGAGUGUGCCGAUGCGUGUACCAGUGACGACGAAGUUGAGCGGAAUGCCGGAGCCAACGCCCUCAUCGGCAGUAGCGGCACUGGAUUUAUUGAGGAGUUAUCUGCAGUUGCUGCGGCAGUGAUGCCGUUCUACUGUGGCUAUUUGAGAGCCUCGUCGGGUAUCCUGGAGGAGCUGAAUCUGAACCUCAGCCUCCCAAGCACUAGAUGGAUGACUGAGAGAGACAGGCACAGAGUGGCCGAGUCUAUUCGCAAGCGUGCUUCAACCGAGUCUGUCCAGCAGGCACUAAAGAAGCACCACUACAUUGCUAAGCAGCCGUCAGAUUAUAUUCCUGGUGGCUAUUAG